AUGAAUGAUGAUGAUUUGUCAAGAAGUCCAGCAAUUGAAGCCAAAGAGGUUGGAAGUUCGACAGAUUUUAAACUGUUUACCUUUUGUCACUGGUCAGCGUUAUAUUACUGUUUUGGCCGAAAUAUGAAAUUCGCACUGUUUCUUGUUAAAUUUUCAACGAUUUUCCAGUUCAUCUCAUCUGUUAGCACAGAUUACGUCCUUAUAAAAUCAAAUGUUCAUCAAAAGCUGCCAAAAAGCAUCUGCAAAAUCACAAAUGACAUAAUGAACACAAAUAUGGACACACAAGACAUUCUCAUUGGUAAUUUAGGUGGUAAAGCUUGGUCAACGACUAUCGAUGAGACUAUCAAGUGUAUUGAUGAUAAAGCAGGUGUCUUUAUUACGGACUUUAAAACAAAAAUCAUAGCAGAGAGGUUCAAAAAAAGUCCUGUUGUAAUUCUUGUUGGCUUUGAUCACAAUAGUCAUACUAUCUUCAUGAAGAUAUUGUCACACAGUCAACCGCCAUCCAUUUUCACUCAUAUGGAUAAAGUGAUUUGCAUUGUUCCUGAUUCAACAACCAAAAGUCAACGCAUUCAAGCUUUAAUGAAGUUUACGACUUUUGGAUUUUUAAAUGUGGCUUUGGUGCAUACAGCAUCAAAUGGUGACGUCAUUUAUGAGUCAAUAAAUACGCAACAAAAUUCAUUGAAAGCUUUAUCGAAUCCAGAAAGAAGCACUGAUGUGUUUCCUGACAAGCUUAAGAAUUUGGAAGGAUUUCAGUAUCAAAUAUCAGUUUUUGACCAGCCGCCGUCAAUCAUUGUAAAUGGAAAGGUCGUUAGCUCACACAUGAUGCACUUGCUUUAUGCACUAACAGACGUUCAAAAAGCAAGUUUUAAAAUUAACAUUAUUACGAAUUAUACAGCAUUAAAAAAUCAAUACAAGAAGCGAGAGUUCCACUUAUGCUUAAACAAUGCAUACUAUGUUGGUUCGUCUAAUCUAAAGCUUCUGAAUUAUGAAAAGAAAAGCUACUGUGCCUUGGUUCCAAUUCCACCAAAAACAUCAAUUUUCAACUUGAUAAUCAUCCAGCCAUUCGAUGCACUAAUUUGGAUCCUCUUUGGGGUUUCAGUUGGCUGUUCCGUUGCUGUUUGGAGGAUGUUUCGUGGUCAUGGUGCUGUUGAUUCUCAUUGGCAACUUGCUGCUGGCAUUUUCAUGAUGUUUGUCGGUCAAAGUGCUGAUUUUUCACGUCGGAAUCGCUUUGUUCUUGCUUUUCUGCUCAACAUCAUCUGCUUGUCGGUGUUCCUGCUGAGUAAUUUGUAUGAAGGUGUCAUCACAUCCUUUAUGAUUGAACCAGCUCAUGAAAAUCGACUAAAGACUGUUGAAGACCUAAUGCAGUCUAACUAUAAGUUUAAAAGUAAGAAAGCAUUCGCUGCUUUGUACAAAAAUUUAAUUUUUUUCAAAUCAAUGGAACCGCGUUUGAACGCUUCAGAUGAUUUUAUGCAGAGGCAUGAGAUUUUGGAACAAAAAUUAGUUUUUAUCAGACUCUGUGACGAUGCAGAAAGUGUUCUAAAUGGACGAAUAAAUGAUGGAAAAUUGAUAUCUGAAUAUUAUUAUAUUUUACCGGAACAACUUACUUGGUCAUUUGUGCGACUAGAAGCUAGCUAUUUAAAUCCAUUUAUUGAAAGAUUUCAAUAUUAUAUGGACUUGUCAUUUGAAGCUGGACUGCCGCAUAUGUGGAAAAUAAAAUCAAUCGUUUCAAAGCAACACAAGUUAUCAAUAUGGCAUCACAUGGCUAACAUCAUCUGCAUUGUACCAAGCACAACAUCAUUUAAACAGCGUUUUGAGAUCCUGAAUGAGUUUGUGUACUACAGAUUUUUAAAUGUUGCCGUUGUUAAACUUUUAUCAUUCAAUAAUAUUCAAUUUGAUAUUGUCAAGUCAUUAAAAUUGGAUGCAAUUGCAACAACAAUCAUACCAGACAGUAAAAUAAUUUUUCCUGACAAACUAAACGACAUGCAAGGAUUCGCAUAUCAAGUCAUCUUUCACCAGCCACCCCGGGUGAAAAUUGACAAAUACGCACAUUGA